ACCAACUUGCAUCAUUUCUCGUCUUCUCUUGUCAGCCGGCUGUUGCACACAUCCGCCAUGGUGGAGCCAGUCCCUGAAUCCAUCAACUUUCCCUCAGAGGAGGAGAGGAUCCUCCAGCUCUGGAAGGACAAGGACUGUUUUUACGAGUGUCUCAAACAGUCAAAGAACCGGCCCAGGUACACCUUCUAUGAUGGCCCGCCUUUCGCAACAGGCUUACCCCACUACGGUCACAUCCUAGCAGGCACCAUCAAGGACAUUGUCACCCGCUUUGCCCAUCAGAGUGGCUUCCACGUGGACCGGCGCUUUGGCUGGGACUGCCACGGCCUGCCAGUGGAGUAUGAGAUUGAUAAGACUUUAGGCAUCACUGGUCCUGAAGAUGUGGCCAAGAUGGGCAUUGCUGAGUACAACAAGCAGUGCCGCAGCAUCGUAAUGAGAUACUCAACUGAGUGGGAGAACUCAGUAAAUCGAAUGGGCAGAUGGAUCGAUUUCAAACAUGACUACAAGACUCUCUACCCGUGGUUCAUGGAGACUGUCUGGUGGGUGUUCAAGCAGUUGUAUGACAAGGGUCUGGUGUAUCGCGGCGUCAAGGUCAUGCCUUUUUCCACCGCCUGCAACACCCCGCUGUCCAACUUUGAGUCUCACCAGAACUACAAGGACGUUCAAGACCCUUCAGUGAUUGUCAACUUUCCGCUGCUUGAGAACGAGGAUGUGUGUCUUAUCGCUUGGACCACCACUCCAUGGACGCUGCCCAGCAACUUGGCCCUGUGUGUCAACCCUGAGUUAACUUAUGUCAAGGUCACAGAUAACACCACGGGCAAGACGUACAUCAUGAUGGAGUCUCGGCUGGCCGCUUUAUUUAAGUCGGAGAGCGAGUACACGCUCGUGGACAAAUUUCCUGGCAAAACACUGAGCGGAAAGAAAUACAAGCCUCUUUUCAAUUACUUUGCUAAGUGUGGGGAGAAAGGAGCAUUCCAGGUGGUGACGGAUAACUACGUGAAGGAGGAGGAGGGCACGGGAGUGGUCCAUCAGGCACCUUACUUUGGAGCUGACGAUUACAGGGUGUGCACCGAAUACAACAUCAUCCAAAGGGACCAGGCUCCUAUCUGCCCCGUGGACGCUUCUGGCUGCUUCACUUCAGAGGUCCCCGACUUCGCAGGACAGUAUGUCAAAGAUGCUGACAAGAAUAUCAUAAAGUGGUUGAAGGAGAAGGGUCGCCUGGUCAACGCUAGCUCUUUCAAACAUAGCUACCCCUUCUGUUGGAGGUCAGACACUCCCCUGAUCUACAAAGCUGUGCCCAGUUGGUUUGUCCGGGUGGAACACAUGGUCCAGAAACUUCUGGACAACAAUGGACAAUGUUACUGGGUUCCAGAUUUUGUGCGUGAGAAGCGCUUUGGCAACUGGCUGAGGGACGCUCGCGAUUGGGCCAUUUCGAGGAACCGCUACUGGGGCACGCCAAUCCCCAUGUGGGUCAGCGAAGACUAUGAGGAGGUGGUUUGUGUCGGAUCCAUUGCCGAACUGGAGGAGCUGACUGGCGUCCAGGUGACUGAUCUACAUCGGGAGAGCAUCGACCACCUGACCAUCCCUUCGCGCUGUGGCAAAGGUGUCCUGCGUAGGAUCACUGAGGUGUUCGACUGCUGGUUCGAGAGUGGCAGCAUGCCCUACGCCCAGGUCCACUAUCCCUUUGAAAACAGGAGGGAGUUUGAGGAUUCUUUCCCGGCAGACUUCAUCGCUGAAGGCAUUGACCAGACCAGGGGAUGGUUUUACACGCUGCUGGUGCUCUCUACAGCCCUAUUUGGCAAACCGCCCUUCAAGAAUGUCAUCGUUAAUGGCUUGGUGCUGGCGAGCGAUGGACAGAAGAUGAGCAAGCGUAAGAAGAACUACCCGGACCCGGGCCUCAUAGUGCAGAACUAUGGCGCCGAUGCCCUCAGACUGUACCUCAUCAACUCCCCAGUGGUAAGAGCAGAGAACUUGCGUUUCAAAGAGGACGGCGUUCGGGAUGUGCUAAAGGAUGUCUUCCUACCGUGGUAUAAUGCCUACCGCUUCCUGGUGCAGAAUGUGCAAAGGUUACAGAAGGAGGAGGAUAUUCAAUUCCUGUACAAUGAGAACACUGCCAAGCAGAGUGACAACAUCAUGGACAAAUGGAUCCAGUCCUUCACGCAGUCCCUCAUCCAGUUCUUCAAGGCAGAAAUGGAUGCCUACCGCCUCUACACUGUGGUGCCUCGUCUGGUCAAGUUUGUGGACAUGCUCACCAACUGGUACGUCCGCACCAACAGGCGCCGUCUCAAGGGUGAGAGUGGCACCGAGGACUGUCUGUGGGCGCUGGAAACCCUCUUCAGUGUUCUGUUCUCCAUGUGCAGGCUGAUGGCUCCCUUCACACCCUUCAUUACAGAGAUGAUGUACCAAAAUCUGCGAAACCUCAUCGACCCCACCUCCCUGGAGGAGAAGGACACCGGCAGCAUCCAUUAUCUCAUGCUGCCCCAAGUCAGGGAGAAUUUGAUUGACAAGCGCAUUGAGAAUGCCGUCUCCCAGAUGCAGUCCGUGAUUGAACUGGGCCGAGUCAUCCGUGACAGGAAAACCCUGCCGGUGAAGUACCCGCUGAAGGAGGUGGUCGUCAUUCACCAGGAUCAAGAAGCUCUGAAAGACAUCCAGUCUCUGCAGAAAUAUAUCCUGGAAGAGCUCAACGUACGGCAGCUGACAAUAUCGACGGACAAAGACAAGUACGGCAUCCAUCUGAGAGCCGAGCCCGACCACAUGGUGCUGGGCAAGAGACUGAAGGGGGCUUUCAAAGCUGUCACCGUGUCAAUCAAGGAGCUCAGCAGUGAAAAGCUUGAGGCCUUCCAGAAGAAAGGGUCCAUCGUGGUGGACGGCCAUGAGCUUCAUGAGGAGGACCUGAGGCUGAUGUACACUUUCAACCAGAGCGGUGACUCAGCUGCGCAGUACGAAGCCCACUCUGACUCACAGGUGCUGGUGCUGUUGGAUGUGAGCCCGGACCAGUCCAUGGUGGAUGAGGGAGUGGCCAGGGAGGUCAUCAACCGUGUUCAGAAACUACGCAAAAAGGGCCAUUUGGUGCCAUCUGACGAAAUAACGGUGUACUACCGCUGUCAGCCAGAGGGGGAGUACUUGGACUCUGUAAUCAAGGCCCACAUCGACUUUAUUCUGGCAACGACAAAGGCUCCCCUCGUGAGCUACCCUGUGCCCAAGGCUGCUGGCGUCAUCAUUGAAGAGAAAACGCAGCUGAAGGGCUCAGACUUGGAGCUAACGAUUGUAAAGGGAUCUUUGGCACCGCGGGCUCCUUUAAAUGGUCCAGCUUGUGCUUACGUCAACCUCAGAGUGACGGUCAAGGGCAAUGAACAAGAAGGGAUGGUGUUGCUGGAGAACCCCAAGGGUGAUAACGGUCUGGAUGUGGACAAGCUGAAGAGAGUGUGCAGCAACAUCUUUCGAACCAACAAUUCCAAACUUAAGCUCUUUAACAAUGGCAAAGAGUUGACCAGUAAAAUGGACUUGCAAACCCUGACCGGCAAAACCUUGUUGAUGACAACAGACUCCUCCUCCUCCAGCCCCGCCCCCACCACCAGCGCCCUCUUGUGUCCUUAUGUGAACCUGGUGCUCUGCAAUGCACGGCCAGCUGAGUGCCAAACAGGAGAAGUGGGCACCCUGCUGCUGGUCAACCCAGCGGGCCAGAACGGGCUUGACUACUCGGGCAUGCUGUCGGAAGUCGCCAAGGUUUUUGGCCUCCGCGGUAGACGACUCAGACUCUACCUGGACCAGGAGCUCAGUAGGGAGGUACCGGCAGAUUCGCCAGUAAACUCUCUGGACACCAAAACUCUCUUUGUGCAAGUUCUUCCAACCACGGCGGAAUCGUAGAACUCCCUCCAAACAAAGACACCUCUCGAGUUACUCAUUACACAUUCAUCAUGGUUACCACCCAGUUUUUUAAAUCAAAAAAUCCAAAUGAUCAUGAUCAUCCACUUGCCAUUGUUAAGACUCCUCUUGCUCGCCGAAAAGCACACUGUUAAAGAUCUUUGUGUUUUUUUUCUUUUUCACUGCUAAAACUAAACACAGUGGGAAUAGGUGAGGCUGCACAGUCAUUAUGGCUGUGGCAAUCAGGGAGAACCAAUUUGUCCCAUUGUGCUCACACACACACUAUGUUAGUAUUUAACAGAUAAACCUUUCAUUGCUUUCUAAAUCCUCAUUUGAAAGUUGAAUGACAUUUUUGGGCCGCUGAGCUUUCGGGACAAACCUAUAUGGAAUGUGCUGCCUUCACUGACAAUUGGAAUAAAUCAGUGGUGAUGGAAAAUUUCCUUUUUCUAAAAGUUAUUAAUUCCUGUUCCACAUUUUCUUUCAGGCUUGUUCAAGGAGAGCCCGUCUGGUCCUGCAGCUUAAUCUCAUUUGCUCUUGUAGUUUAUCUGCUCUCCUCAAGACACUUAUUGUUCCCAUUUUCUUUGCGCUACUUUCUUUCAUUGCAAGAUCGGCCAUUAAAGGCAACAAAGGGGAUUAAAGUGGUGGUAAUGAAGUAGCACAGAACGAUCCCACACACGGCUACAACCACCACCUACAUGCAAGACAACAUUAAGACUUACUGCAGCUAUUAAAAGCACUUUAACGCCUAGCAAAAUAUAAGAGCUUAGAUAUCGAUAUGUCAGUAUGUCGUGGGUGGUGUUCCCGCAGUAUGUCGAUAUUGUGAUGUUAUAUUGUACAGCAAAACCUGAAAAGCGACACGUUGUUCAAUACCAAAACGUGCUAGAUUUAUCUUUUUUGAGUCACCAGGCCAGCAACACUGAAUAUUGUCCUGCUACGUUUUAUUAUUCUCUGACAGACAAGGCGUGAAUGAGAUGUGUUAAGAAGCGGAGUUGCAAGCCUCAAAGACAUUCCCACUCUAAUGUGUUAAUGAGCGAGGGACACUAGGUAGUGGUUAGCAUGUUGGCCACACAGGAGAUCGGGAAAAUCUGGGUUCGAAUCGCCGUUGGGCAUUUCUGUGUGGAGUUUGCAUGUUCUCCCCGUGUGUGUGGGGGGGUUUUCUCUGGGUACUCCGGUUUCCUCCCACAUUCCAAAAAUAUGCAAACCAAACAUGUUUGGUUAAUUCAGUGGUUCUUUUCUGUCAUACCCCACAGAAACUGAUAUCUACUGUAUUUAUCUGUACUGUACAGAAUGAACUUGAAACUGAAACCAGCGAAAUGCAACAAAAUGGAGAGCAGUGAAGCAUACAAGUGUAUUCAAGAGUGAAAUUGCCUGCCGAGUACGACAAAUUCAUACAUGUUGGCAGGUCUGCACUAAUAUUGAAAGUGCUCCCUGCGAAUCUCAGGUUGGUGAUGGUUCUACCUCCAAUCGAUACUGAACCUUUAUGGUCAUGAAGUGCUUCCGACAUAAUUCGUUCUAGAAAUAUAUUGGAUAAGAUUGGGGAGAGUAGGCGGCCUUGUCGGACUACUAUUGAAGGCUCCGCUUGGUCGUAUAGAUGCUGUAUCGCUGUUAUGAUUUUUGAUCCCAUGUUGUAUCUCUUCAUAGUGUCCCAUAGGGCUUCUUGCCGCACCCUGUCUAAAGCUUUAUUGAAGUCUAUGGAGAUGUGGUGCACUUCUUUUUGAUGUUGACGGUAUUUCUCACACAGGAUUUUUAGGUUCCUCGUUUAUUGCAGUUAAUUGAUUCCACAAAGUAGAAUUCCUUAUUUAAAAAUAGGAAUAUUUUUGUAGUUAGAGCAUAGAAAACCUGUUUACGAACUUCUAAUUGCACAUGAAAUGACACCCUUUAGUCAACUUUACAUUUAUGACUUCUAAAUACAUCAACUUCAAACGUGUAUUCCGCAAUAUAGUAGACAUAAUAAAAAGAAAAACAAAUUAAGACAUAAAUACGACUUGUGCUUGUGUGUGUUGCUGUAAAUGUGUUCCUAGUGGGCGGACAGGGAAUGACGUCAGCGGGUUAGAGUUGAGUUUUUGCUCGGGGUGGGUUACUGCAGCAACAGUAGCCUGUGUUUUUAUUAGGCAUUAUUGUGCCUGUUCCGAGAUAUGUCAAACCUGCAA